GGGUCCCGUCCCUUUACAGCCGGCCGCCCCAUUGAGGGCCUGGCGAAUCCCUAAAAAAAAAGAUGUUGAUGGAAAUCACUAAAUGAUGACAGCAUCAUCUUGCACGCGUGCACUUUAAAUGAACCAUUCCCGAUACUUUUUGAUCACUUUCUUUUUUUCUUUCCUUCUCUGAUAUGGAGAUUCUGGCUGGUCACCUUUUCUCCGAUGAACUCUUGUCCGCAAUCAGUCAAAUCGAUGUGUGCGUGCUACGUAACGUUCGAGGGCCUGCACGUGCUGUCUAGGUGAGAGGUCUGUUCUUGCCCAAUAUAUGGGUGUUAAAGUCUGGAUGAUUGUGAGAUCGAUCACAGUACCCCCGCGUUUCUUUAUGCAGCGAGAGUGUGACGAAAUGACGUCACGAGCAGUGUUGGCCAAUUAGAAACAAGUUUCAGUGUGUUCUCUGUAAGGCGCUUCUCGAGCGCUGCGUAAAGAAACGCAGCCUAUAGUAUUAUGGUUAAGCUCCCUCUACCGGAUGGAAACGUUUCUACUUUUAAACUGAUCGGAAAUUAAAGGUACAGUAUUAGAAACACGUGUUAGAAACGUCUUUGGAAAAUAAAUCUCCGUGACAGAUAGAAAAAAGAAUAAACACAAUAUGGCAGAGGAUAAUAUGUUGUAUGCUAUUCACCAGUUUAACAAUUUAAGCAUUUCAGACGUAGAUAAUGAUGAAAUAAUAUUUCAAGAUUUAAAUGCAAUUUCCACUUUACUCAAAAAUGUCAUAGAAGCUCUUAAAAUAAUUGAUAAUAGAGAAAAACUGGAAAAUUGGUCAUUUUAUGGAAAAUUAAUUUCAGCUGCAAAUAACUGUAUACAGAAAAACUCAUCUUUAAUUUGUAGUUUAAUAAAUGAACAUUUAUAUGCAAAUCUUUUCAGAUUUUUGCGAAAUGCUUCUGCAGGAGUUGCUAAUAAUCAACAAAUUAUCUUCAGGUCAUACAUUUUUCAAGAUGCUAUUAGUAUUUUUGGGAAAUUAUUAGAAUUUCAUUUUUCUGGAAAAUUUGAUUAUGCUAAAGUAAAUAUGGCAUUGCUUUGUGGUUUACAAUUUGUUGGUAAUCUUGUCUGCCAAUAUAAUGAAGCAAAGGUUGCUGUAUGGGAAAUAUUUUAUAUUAAAUACAAAUAUUUCAACAAAUUGCUGUUGAUUGAAGAUAUAAAAAUAAAAGAAUGUACUGCUAUGGUAUUUUAUAACUGCUUAAGUACUGAAUAUAAGUUGUCUGUUAUUAACAAUGGUAUUGAUAUAUUAAUAAAUAUUGCCCAUUUGCUAACAAUCACAGAAUGUGAAUGGAGUCUACUUGUUCUGGAUUCAUUUUUACAAGAACCUGACUUUAUGGUAAAAUGUUAUAAUUUGUUCCCAGUUAAAAGCAGACUGUUAGUUUUAGAUAUUAUUGCAGAAAAACUUUACACGAAUGAAAAGGAAAAUGAUUUAUCAGAUAAAAUAAUAUUUUUUAUUGGUGACAAUUUUAAAUACAAAGCCAUGGAUAUUGUAAAAAUAUGUUCAUCACAAGAUAAUGAAUUAAAUUCCUUAGAAAUUGCAAGAAUGUUACUGUUGUUAUGUAAAGCUACAGCUGUUCCAAAAUUUGACAAAAUAAAAGCUGAUAGAAUUUUAUUGGAAACAGCAAUAGAUAUUUUGAAAACAGUUCAUCUUUUAGGAAAAUCAGAAAAUAAUGUAUUUUCACCAGUUUCAAGUUUAAGAGUUGAAGCAUUAACUGAGGAUUCUGAAUCACAUUCUACUUGUGGAUUUAAAAGGAAUUUAAUACGACUUAUUGCCAAUAUGUGUUCAGAAAAUCAAAUAAAUCAAAAUUUUUCACGAACUUUUUGUGCUGCUGAAUCAAGUUAUCAUUCAUCUUAUCAGAUGUUAGAUUAA